GGAAGGGAUAAGAAGGAAAGGGGGGAGUAAAUUAGAAACUAAACGGGGUGGUGGUAUAAGUGAAGGCUUUAUUUAUAUUGUCCUGAAAUAAAGUUAUUAAUGUCAGUGCAGUGCCAUGUUUGGUUGCCCCCACUCGGGCCACCAGAGCAACCCACCCCCUCCUCAACAUAGUGUCCCGAGUAUCGAACGAACUUCCCAAAUGUAACCCCUCCUUGGCGUAGGAAGGAGUCACUGCCAAAGUAAUUUUUUUUUUUUACGGAGAAAGGGAACUGUUGAUGAAGGCGAAUCCAGGCAGUCCCUCGAGAUGGUACUUAUGACCGAACAACCGGACAGAGACCUUACUCCGUUAUCUACGCCAGAACAAGUUGUAAAGUCUGCCAAACCGGUCAGAAAAGAUUCGACGGGGAUCCAAUCGACGUCUGAGGCAGCAAAUGGAGGAGAGGACAGGCCCAGGAGGAGUGCCAGUGGGAGGUCUGCUGGGGACACUCAGGUGUCAGUGGACACUGAGUCAGACCUCUCAGAGAUCAGGAAGAAACCGGCCCUCAUGAAAUUUAAAGCUGUGGAGCUGCCUUCCCCAAUGCAAACUCCAAGUGACGGUGAAACUAAGUUUGAAGGAAGAAAGAAAUCCCAGUCCAGCCAGAUAUCCAAGUCAAAUGCCCAGUACCAUAAAAUAUUCAAAGAAAUCAGCAAGGAUGAGUUACUGAAACAAAGUUAUACCUGUGCACUGCAGAAAGACAUGCUGUAUCAGGGCAAAAUGUUUGUCUCUGAUAACUGGAUAUGUUUCCACUCCAAAGUCUUUGGCAGAGAUACUAAGAUUGCUAUUCCCGUACUCUCUGUGACUCUUAUCAAGAAGACAAAAACUGCCAUCUUGGUGCCAAAUGCACUCGUUAUCACAACCACAAACAAGCGGCAUGUAUUUGCAUCAUUCCUAUCCCGAGAUACAACCUAUAAACUUCUGAAAUCCAUCUGCGUUCAUCUGGAUGGGGACAAUACAGGGAACAGCCUCAUUACUUCCUCUGCUGAGAACAGCUUCAUAGCUGAUUGUCCCUCGUCACUUCCUCUGGAUUUAUCUGGAGACUUCUCAGACCUGGAUGGGGUUGUGUGCCAGAGGAGGCAAGCCAUGCUGGAGACCAGCAGCUCAGGCUCCCAGACCCCAGACUAUGAGAAAAUGACGGAGUUCCCUAGCAUCCCAGACACGUUCCUGAGCGCGGUGAAGAACGGCGAGGUGGCGGUGCACGCAGACGUCCACCUCCAGACCCCCAACCAAAAGCACGGAGCCGCUCACCAGAAUGGGCCGACCAAGCCUGCCCAGGGGGUUGUACACAAAGUGAAAUCACUACAGCCAGUGUCGUUGAACACCCUUCUACUCAUCUAUUUGUUCCUAGUUAGUGUCCUUGUCUUGUCUUCGUGUUACAUGGCCUUCAAGAUUGUGGCUCUUGAGAAGCGGCUGAACUCGUUGAGUUCCGUGGGGGAGUAUGCACGCAACGAAAACGUUGUGCAUCACAGAUCACAGGACGACUUUAAUGCAGAAAUCUAUGGGGAGCUGUCUACAAACCUGUUCAAGCUAGAAAAGAUUCAGAGAAAUCUCCGUAAACUACUUGAAGAGACCUGACUGAAGGACCCGUCUGUCGCCUCGCUGGACGGAAGUGGCGCCUUCAUAAAACGCUGGUGAAAACACUGCAGAUCUGAUCGGCAAUCUGUUACCAAAUAACAGACGGCCACUUUGGAAAAUAGACAAUUUCUUAAUUGUGCAAUAGCAGUAUCUUCCUUCUCUCUCUACUCAGGACAAAACCUAUUAUUUUGUAUCUGAUAGCAUGCCAGAGUAAUCAAGACAUUUCAGCAACUGUAGCUAGUUUGGCCUGAAUCCUAACUUGAAACUCAUGCGCUUAAUAAUGCUGAAUUCCGCUUAUAGGGGCAAUCUGCAGUUGCUACAUUCAUUUUGGACUGAAUUAAUGAUAAGUACCCAUUGAUUCUUGAAGAAUAUAACUUAUAAAUGCUUCAUGAGCUUAGUUCAACUGUCGUACCCCAUCAGAACCCAAAAUAUAUAGUUUUACUCCAAUAUUUGUAAACAAAGUAAAUGUAAACAAACACUAUAUGGCCUAAAAACAUGGUUAAAACUAUAGCUGACAUCAUGGGUGUCAGUCUUUGCAUCCAUAGCUUUGUCUAUUAAUUUGAGUGGUUACAUUUCUCCAGCCCCAUGUCUCAGCUUUUUACUGAAACUGGGGCGGGAAAACGCUUUAUUGUUUCAACUGCUGAUUGCUGCUUUAAAUCAUGCCUUGAUGUCAGUGGGAGAUUUCUGUGGAAAUUUGAGUUAGGUGUUCAGGUUUAAAGGUAUAGGACGCAACCCUUAAAGAAGAGAAGCCAUAAGCUUUAGCCUAUGUAGUACUGUACCUGAGAAACUUUUCAAUAUUAAUGGGAUGUUUUCAGGUAUGAGUAGGUCCCAAGGACCCACCUAUUUCAAUGUUUUUCUAUUAACAUUUCAAAAAUGGUCAGUCUUGUAAUGCCUACUGUUCAUGUGCCCCUUUUGUUACAGGUAUGAAUUGCCAAUAAAAUAUUUAUAGUU